CUCAAACAUUCUCUUUCCUUCUCCUCUUCCGCCCUGGUUCCUCUUCUUCACGCCAGGCGCCUCCUUGCCCUCUCGCUCUCUUUACAAUUAACUCGUUCCGAAGACAGAGAGAUAUAUAGAGAGAGAGAGAGAGGCGAUGAUGCAGUCGGCGACGGCGACCAACGGUGCCGAUCUGAGCAACCAACAGCAGCCGCAGCAGCACCAGCAGCUGUGGAUGCAGCAGUAUCAGCAGCAGUGGAUGGCGAUGCAGUAUCCCGCGGCCGCAAUGGUGAUGCAGCACCAGAUCAUGUACCAGCCCCAGCAUUACAUGCCUUACUACCACCAUCACCAGGCUUAUCAGCAGCAGCAACUGCUGAAACAGCCGUCUCAGGCUCAGAUUCAGGGAUCCAGCGACGAGAAUCGUACGAUCUGGAUCGGUGACCUCCAGCAAUGGAUGGACGAAGGUUAUCUCCAUAGCUGCUUCGCUCACACCGGCGAGGUUUCUUCUGUAAAGGUUAUUCGCAAUAAGCAGACUGGCCAGUCAGAGAAAUAUGGAUUUGUUGAGUUCCUUUCUCAUGCAGCAGCUGAGAAAGUUCUGCAGAGUUUCAAUGGUACUAUAAUGCCAAAUACAGACCAAAGCUUCCGCCUAAACUGGGCUGCCUUCAGCACAGGUGAUAGGCGUGAGAAUGCCGGUUCAGAUCUCUCGAUUUUUGUAGGAGAUUUGGCUUCAGAUGUUACUGAUGUAAUAUUGCAUGAAACUUUUGCCAGUAGAUAUCCAUCUGUUAAAGGAGCCAAAGUAGUUGUUGAUUCAAAUAGUGGCCGUUCAAAAGGUUAUGGUUUUGUUAGGUUUGGAGAUGAAAAUGAGAGGUCAAGGGCCAUUGCUGAAAUGAAUGGCAUGUACUGUUCGACCAGGCCUAUGCGCAUAGGUGUUGCAACCCCAAAGAAGCAACCAGGGACUCAGCAGUAUUCAUCACAAGCUCUGGUAUUGGCUGGUGGAUAUGCAUCAAAUGGUGCCACUCCCCAAAGUGCCCAGUCCGAUGGUGACUUGUCCAAUACAACAAUAUUUGUGGGAGGGCUUGACUCUGAUGUCACUGAUGAAGAACUCAGGCAGUCCUUUAGUCAAUAUGGUGAGGUUGUCUCUGUAAAAAUCCCUUCUGGAAAAGGAUGUGGCUUCGUACAUUUUGCUAACAGGGGUAACGCAGAAGAUGCAAUGCAGAAGCUUAACGGGGCAGUUAUUGGGAAGCAGUCAGUUCGCCUUUCUUGGGGUCGAAGCCCUGGGAACAGGCAGGUAAGAACAGAAGUCACUAAUCAACCAAAUGGGGGUUAUUACGGAAGGUAAGGCUCUGAAGCGACAAAUAUGCUGUGCUUCGACGUCAGCAUCCAAGCAUGUAAACUGCAGCUGGUGGCUUCUUCAACAGGACAUGGCAAUCUACAGCAACAGCGGCAGCGAGUUAGCUGAAGUUAUUGAACUAGCAGUGUGUUUGAACUGCCUGAUAGAUUUAGAACUAAUCUUUGUUGGAUUUUUGUAGCUGGAUUGAAUUCAUAGUCUUUUUGUUUUCUUCUGGGAUUUUAUUUGGAUUUUUAAGAUUGAUAAUGCUGAGGUGACUGUUGUAGGUGGAAGAGCUUUUUAUAGAUUUACAUGCAUGAUUGUGCGGAAUGUUGAAUGGA